AUGAGUGCCUCCAGGUUCAUAAAGUGUGUCACAGUUGGGGACGGAGCGGUGGGCAAGACUUGCAUGCUCAUCUCCUACACCAGCAACACUUUCCCUACGGAUUAUGUGCCAACUGUGUUUGACAAUUUCAGUGCAAAUGUGGUUGUGGACGGGAGCACUGUUAAUUUGGGGUUGUGGGAUACUGCUGGACAGGAAGAUUACAAUAGAUUAAGACCACUGAGCUACCGUGGGGCAGAUGUCUUCCUACUUGCAUUCUCUCUCAUAAGUAAGGCCAGCUAUGAAAAUAUUGCCAAGAAAUGGGUUCCUGAAUUGAGGCAUUAUGCACCUGGUGUUCCAAUUAUUCUUGUUGGAACUAAGCUUGAUCUUCGGGAUGAUAGGCAAUUCUUUGUAGAUCACCCUGGUGCAGUGCCGAUUACCACAGCCCAGGGAGAGGAACUAAAGAAGCUGAUUGGGGCUCCGGUUUACAUCGAGUGUAGUUCAAAAACACAGCAGAAUGUGAAAGCAGUCUUUGACGCAGCCAUUAAAGUGGUUCUCCAGCCACCAAAACAGAAGAAGAAAAAGAAGAGAAAGGCACAGAAGGCCUGUUCUAUAUUGUGA